AUGCUCGGUUUCGCAAAUGCUGCUGGUGGAAGUAUUCCUCCUGUUUUUAUAUUCCCACGUGUUCAUUUUAAGGAACACAUGCUAGAAAAUGGUCCUACAGGUGCUUUAGGCCUCGCUAAUGUUUCUGGUUGGAUAACUGAAGAUUGUUUUUUAAAAGCUUUGAAACAUUUUGUGCACUUUGUUAAGCCUAGUGCUGAUUCGCCGGCUUUAAUUGUCCUCGACAACCAAAACGCAUAUAACCAUUAA